AUGAGUAUGAUCGAUAUUCCGACGUUGUUCGAACGAAAUGAUGCGACUCGCCGAAGUACAGAAAUUGAUCAUACAUAUUGUAGUGAUGAUGAAGGUUGUGGGGUUGCUUUAACGAAACGAUUGAGUCAGUUGCGCGAAGAAGGUGUUGGCUGUGAUGUGGAAUUUGUUGUUGGGACGGAACGUGAGAUUAUUCGGGCGCAUCGUCUCGUGCUCGGCUCUGGAUCGAAGGUGUUUGCUACAAUGUUCUACGGCAAAAUGAGUGAAAUCGAUCAACAGGAACCUGAUAUGAAACCUGAGUUGGGACGAUCGGUAGUUGAAGUACCGGAUGUUACACCUGGAGCGUUCACAGCAUUAGUAAAUUUUUUGUACACAGAUUUAAAUACAGAUGAUGUGAAAUUAGAUGAUGACACAGUAAUGCAUACACUGUAUGCAGCGAAGAAGUAUGAUGUACGUACGUUAGUGGUGGCUUGUGUUCGGUAUUUGAUGAGUUGUUUGAAUGCUUCGAAUGCAGUUUGCUUGUUGGCACAAGCAAGAUUCUUCGAUGAGCCUUUCUUGAUGAAACGCUGCCUUCAAAUGAUCGAUACAAACACGGACGAAGCGUUAGCCUCUCCAGGUUUACGGGAUAUCGACCGUGAAACCUUAUCGAUGAUCCUGGAACGAAGUGAGCUGGAUCCUUCAAGUGAAUUGAUCAUUUUUAGAGCAGCUCAGUCAUGGAGUGAGGCGGAAUGUGAAAGGCAACAUUUGGAUGUGACGCCGCAUAAUCAGCGUACAGUUCUUGGUCCCGUUUUAUCGUUGAUACGUUUUCCACUGAUGACAGUUGUUCAAUUCGGUGGAGCAGCCAGUUCAGCGUUGCUGACUUGUGAAGAAAUUGCUGAAGUAUUCUUGCACUUAACUGUUAUUCCACGGCCACCUGUAUCCUAUCCUACAAGUUUACGUUGUAAUGGCCGUUCGAAGCACAUUGUUAAACGGUUCCCAAACGUGUCAGGCAAGCGCUGCAAUAAGCGUGAAAAUAGAUUUUGUUUUACUGCCGAUCGCGAUAUACUGGUCACUGGUUACGGGAUUUAUGGUUUUGUGCCGAUGACAAAGCCACAUAUCUCAUUUAUGGACCCAACAGUGGCGCUUGAAUGGCAAGCUCAAGUUGAAAUACAGGUUUUAAAUGCAUAUCAAAAUUAUGCCAAUUUGGGAAUUAGUCGAAGCUUUCUUGGAGGGUUUUCUUCAAUCAAUAGGACAAAUGGACAGAUCGAUAUUGAUUGGGCGGACAUCUGUCUAAGUCCUUGUUUGGAUUCACGUGAAACGACAACCGCUCCUGCAACGAAUACGACUUAUGCUGAAACUGUGCUACUUAAAGGUAUAAUGGGUGAUGUGAAGCCAUUGAUUGCAAACUUCUCAAAACCAAUUCAAGUUCCAGCAAACACUAAUUACAUAGCCGGAAUGAAGUUUUUGUCAGAUGCAACCGUGCAAACAUACGGAGGGAAAGAUGGCGUUGAAUAUGCAACCGUACAAUUGCCAUUCGAUGAGUCAGUCACAUUCCACUUUCAGUGUUUCAAAAACUCGUAUGGUAGUGAAGAUGUGAGUCGAUUCGAAGGACAGCUUCCGGAGAUUCAUUUUUUUAUUCAGUGGCCCGACGGCAUUCAUUAA